AUGAACGAUGCAACUGCCGUUGCGCUACGAGAGGGUUCCUCUGACAUUCAAACGCAACUGGAGCAGCGGCGUAGCCAGGCACGAAACCUAGAGCUGCAAGUUGCCAGGAAGGGGGCUGAGCUUCGUCGUGCAAGGGAGGAGCAGACGCUUCUCAAGGAACUGCGGACGGUGAAUGAGGUAACAUUACGCAAGAAGCAGCAGAAGGAUGACGCCCAAGGCCAGAAACGGCUUAAAAUCUCGCCGGAGUCAUUGGCGGAAGUCAUUGCCCUGGAGAAUGAAAUCAAACACGAGAACAAGCGGACGGUGGAAUUAAAAGAAGCCGCCAGCACCAUAACCCGUCAGAUGGAGGACGUCGAACGCGGCAUUGAAAACGUGGCCAGCCGCCUGGCGCUGGUAAAGGAAGUUACAGGCUGGGAUAGGGGGGAGGCCAGUGCCCUCGGCCGCGCAGAUGCCAAAAAUGAAUGGAUUAUGCGGAAGAGGAACUUGACUGCACUUCAUGAAGAACAAGAAACAGUGAAGGCGCUUUCUGCACUGUUAUCGGAGCGCAUUGAAGCCAUUAAUAAGGAAAUGGAGGAACAGGGACAAAAGCAAGAACAACUGGCAGCGGCACAGCAGAGUUUGGUUGAGGCCAACAAUGAAUAUGAUAAGCUUCUUGAAGACCUCAAGUCCAUGGAGCGACUCAUCAAGAAGAAGGAACGCAUGUUGGACGCCAACGCCAGCAAGGAAUCUGAUGAGUAUAAGAAGAUUAAGCAGUUGGAUGGGGACAAGAAGGUGCUGUAUGCCACCCUAUCCAAAUUUCGUGAAACGAAUGUGAGCAACACCAAAUCCAUUCUCUCUCUUGAGGUGUGCCUCCGGCAGCUGGAGACCAAACUGGAGGCGGUAAACCUCUUUGUGCAGCAGGUGUUUGCCCAAGUGGAGGAGGAUGACGAGCCAAUGGAAGACUUUCCUGAGGACGCCACGGAGGUCCCGUUGCAGCAGUUCGAGGAAAUAUGCCGUGACGUUGAGCUCGCGCGGGAAACGCUGAUUCAACGUGAUGAUCAACUCAACGCCCACGACGCGAAGGUCGAACAGCUGGGGCGUAAAACAUUUGUUCUCCAAAAUGCGAUUGCGUCUCGUGCCACCUCCGCUCAGCUUCAGGUGAAGGGGAACGAGAGGGAGUUUGAAACGCUCAUUUCCCACGUCGACUACAUGAAGGCGGAGUUUGACGAGGAGUACAAGAAACUGUCCCAGGAGAACGCCAUGCUGCAAAGCAAACUAGCGCAGAGGCAGUGA